UUUGAUGUUUGCUAACCGUAGAAGAAGAAACUAGCUAGCUGCAUCUAUGACUAGCUGUUGUGUUUGUGUUUGUUGUUGUUGUUGUGUUCCUGAAGGCUCGUGUCAGUUCUCAUGAAGAUCAAAAUUUAACACCGCCUGACCUCUUUAAGACCCAGAUGAUCAUAGUUUAAACCCAGAAUGUGCUCUGUUGUCGGUUGUGAUUCGUUUCGUAGAAAUGCGAAACGGUUUAAGUUACCAGAAGACCCGGAGGAGAGACUGGAGUGGGUCCAGUUUGUUCUGGAAGUCAACGGACAGCGACUGAAAGAAUCCUCCUGGACUGAUAUCACCAUCUGUAGCGAACAUUUUACGAAUGACUGCUUUGUAGACCAGAGUUUACAGCUGAGGUCCGGUUCUGUCCCAUCACUGUGUGUCAAGUCAGAGCCAGAGGAAGCUCAGGAGAAGCUCCAGCAUGUGGAUUCUGUGGAAAACACAGAUGCUCCUGAUGAUCUUGAAACAUCUGAUAGUAAACCUUUCUGCCCCGAAAACACUGAUAGGGUCUUCUCUGGAUCCGGCCAGAUCCAACAGAAAGUUCUGAGCAGAGAUUUAAACAAGGAAAGAGCUGCACUUCUACAGGUGAAAGGAAAGUACCUUGUGAACGAAAGCUGCCUCCUCGAGUUGUUUGUCCGCAAAUGCCCGUCGUGUGGGAGUAAACUUCAGAUGGAGAAGGUCACCUACGGCUUACUGAUCAUUUUGAACCAGCGAUGUUUUAACUGUGACUACAGAAACCAGUGGAAAAGUCAGAUCAAUGCGGACGUCCCAACAGCUGAAGACAGAAACCCGGCAGGAGGCAGAGAAGUAAAUUCAGAGAAAAUUAGCUGUAGCAAAAUGCAGUGUAUUGGAGCACAGAGAGCAGGAGAGAAGCAAACCGAGGAAGUGCCAACGGAUGAAGACCCCAGCAGUGCAGUUUUGUCAGAGAUUAUCACUUUUAGCGACGAUGAAAGUGCUCCCUCAGAUGACGGAGAGGAAGAUGAUGACGAUGACGAAAGUUCAGAUGGGGAGUGGAAUCCAACGGAGGAUUUUGCACUGGAGGAGGAGCUCAUGAAGGACUCGGAGGAUGAAACCGAAGAUGAAGGUGAAGAUGAAAAUUUGGACUCUGUGAGUGGCCUCAAAAUGAAUGAACUCUGUGCAGAGUGUGGAAGUUUUUUCAAUAUUGUGAAACCUCACACCUGUGAGCACAAAACAAAGCCCUAUUCCUGCAAUAUUUGUGGCAAGAGGUGCGUUACUGAGAUCGCGCUACAUUCACACAGCAGAAUCCACGAUGAAAACUAUGAGCAUCGGUGCAAAUACUGCCACGUUACAUUCAAAACCAAGGUGGACAAAAUGACUCAUGAGCAGACCCACCUAAGUGAAGGAAAACCCUAUAAAUGUCCAGACUGUUCAGAGACAUUUGCCACGAAUAAGGAGCGUAGAAUCCAUCUGGUGGAGCACAGAGGCCCCAGGCAGUUAAAAUGUCACAUCUGUGGGAUUGAAUUCAACCGUCGUACUCCUCUCCGGAGACACUUGGCGGUUCACACUGGAGCAAAGCCGUAUAAGUGCUCGGUGUGCCAACGUGGCUUCAACCAGUCAAGUCACCUGAAAUCCCACAUGCGCCUCCACACAGGGGAGAGGCCUUACAAGUGUCAGCACUGUGAGAAAUGCUUCAAUCACAACGUGAGCUUGAAGAGUCACAUCCAGCGUUACCACGCAUCCAGCUCCGGACGUGGACAGAAAAAAUGCAAAAAAAAAAAAACUGUGCGCGACACUGAUGAUGCUCUGGAGAAUGGAAACAAAAAAGGCGCAGACUGUGGGCUUGACAUCUUAGAGGAGGAACAGGAUAAAGAAGAGGAGGUGCAAAAGAAUAGAAUAUAUAAACCCAAGAAGAGGAGCACUGGUAGACCCAUUGGGCGGCCUAAGAGAAACGCAGCAGACAACCUGGUUCAGGGAGGAGAAGUGCAAGGUUCAUCUACUAAGGCCACUAAAGUAAAGGCAAGAAAGAGGACGCACUGCAGUGAUGAAGAUAGUGAAGAAGAACUGACUGAAAGUGACGUAACCUUUGACUCAACGGAAGACGACGAUGAGUGGAGUAAGAAAGUCACGGCACGGAAAUCAAAAGGAAGACCAAAAAACUGCGACAGUGACUCAGGGAAGCCGCUGGGAAGAGCAAGAAAGAAUCAGGCAGUAGAAGACUCUUGAAAAGACACAGCUCAGUGUUGGACUUCCAUAAUAUAUAAAAUAAUAAUCAUGAGGAAAUAAGCAUUAACUCUUUAAACUGGGUGUCAUGGUCCCACUCUGUCUCCCUCUGUCUGCCGUCCUCUCCUCCUCUCUCUCCUCCUCUCUCUCCCUCCCAGUUGCUCGCCCUCUGGCUCUGCCGGCUGAUUGCGGCAUGGGCGUCAGCUGGAGUUAAUCAGCCAACUCCAUUCACCUGCUCCCCUCCUCUGCCUUUUAAGCCCUCUGGGCCGGAUCAUUGUAAGACAAACCCUCAUGCCGACCUGGUCUCCGUCUCCCACAAAACCCCUCUGGACUACAUCAGAUUUGGACUUUACUGCUCUCCCUCUGUUUGGACUCCCCGAUCUUGGACUCUGUGGUUUUUUUUGUGGAUUUAUUUUAGCCUGUUUGCUCCCUCGAUUGUUUGCUUCCCUCAUUCUGUGAGUACCUCUCAGUAGCUCUGUGUUUUUGGUUUUUAGUAUUAGUGUAGUUUGGUUUUGCGCUGCCCCCACAGUCCUGUCCUUAGUUGUAAUAGUUUUGAUUCAAUAAACAUCCUGUUCUUGUCCUUCCAUUACCAGGCCACGCAGUAUAAGAGUUACUGGCCAUAACAGAGCCACAUGUCUUAGUGCCAUCAGUUGACUUCCAUUGCAAUAGUUUGGACAAUUAUCAGAAUGGUUUCAAUUGUGUUUUUACAACUUUGAGGCACCAGAGCUGGAAAAGGCCUGUAUAAUUUGGUAACCAGGUAGCAGAAACAGCAAUGCAGCACUUUGAAGAAAAUGAUUUUCCCCUGUGUGUGUUUAUAAUAUUGUAAUGCAGUUCUUUAAUGUUUUAAAUGAAUUGUCAGAUAAAUGAACAGAAUUUAAGACAAGCCUGUAGGAGGUCAUAGUGGCAAAAUCAUGUGUUAAUGAUUCCUGUGCACGGUGAAACAUUGAGACCCUGAAAUGAAAAUGUAUACUUCAUUUAUUUUCUGUUUACAUUAUGUGACACAACAAAGUAUCUUAUGUGCAAACAGGCCUGUUGUCCAGAUGUUUGACUUGCAUUUUGGCCUAAUGCCAUAUCAUAGAUGCCUAGUAAAAGCUUGACCAUACAGAUAGUUUGGAGGUUUUCUUAUUCCACAUUUACUGACCUCUGCCCCAGUCUCAAUAUAGUGAGUGAAAAGGAUGUUUUUUUUUUGGUUUUUUUAACUAAAAGUUUUCGAAAAGAAAGUGAUGGCAAAACAGACGUGGAUAUCUCCACAGCAUUUUUUCUCGCUGCAUCAUUCCCGUCAUGCAUAGUCUUCUUCUUGUGCAGAAAUAUAUUUGAAAGUUUAUCUGAUGCUCUGUCGACGUAAAAUACUCAGUCCAGAUUUCCUCUGUGUAUUACAGUCCUGUCACUUCAGAGGAAAUUUUGUAUUAAACUGCUACUUUGGGAGACUCGCA